AUGUCACUAAUCGCCACCAUCCCCGUCGCGCGCUCUUCGGCAGGCCCAUUCGCCCCGCGCAUUUCCCCUCCCUUCCGCGUUCGCCUCCGCAAUCCCCCGCUCAAUCCCACUUUCCGCCUUUCCCUCUCCGCCCGUAUAACUUUCCGAGCGUGGCAGCCCUUUCCCCGUAUCCCUCUCGCCUCCGCCGCCUGUCGCGUGAGCGCAAUCCGCAAUUCCCCACCCGCCCCUUUUGGCGCAUUCCGCUCGUGGCGGAUCCGCCUCUCCGCAACCGCGGAAGCAGGAGGCGCAGCGGAAGCGGAAAGCGCGCCUGGAGCACUCGCCAAAGGUGAGGCGGGGGUGUGCUGGGACGGCGGGGAGGAGGGAGAGGUGAUGGCACAGCAACAGAAGAGUCAGUGGGCAUAUGCUGCUAUGCCAACGACCUGCCCGGCAUUCACGGCGUGCUCAAGCAAAGGUGAGGCGGGGGUGUGCUGGGACGGCGGGGAGGAGGGAGAGGUGAUGGCACAGCAACAGAAGAGUCAGUGGGCAUAUGCUGCUAUGCCAACGACCUGCCCGGCAUUCACGGCGUGCUCAAACAGAGGCGAGGGUGUGGUGGGGGUGGGCGGAGAGGAGGGCGAGGUGAUGGCGGAGACAGAGGAGGCAGUGGGCAUAUGCUGCUAUGCCAACGAUCUUCCCGGCAUUCAUGGCGUGCUCAAACAGAGAUUCGCGGACUUCAUAGUGAACGAGGUCGCACCGGACGGCACAGUGGUGCAUCUGACGCACCUGCACGUGCCCCCCGCACUUCUAGUGCAGGAGCAGCAGGCGCAGCAGCAGGCGCGCAGGCGCGAGGCGGAGAGCCUGGGGGAGCUGGUGGACGCGCAGGGGGUGCUGGCGCAGCUGCGCCAGGCGCUGGGGGGGAGCGGGGAAGGGGAAGGGGGAGGGGGAGGGGGGUUGCGCGAUGAGGACGAUGCGAGGAAGCUGCUUCAGCUGCUGGAAGGGAUUAAAGGCAUUCAGCUUUGGUGGAAAGAGAAGAAGAGGGCAGGCGAGGAGGGAGAGAAGGAGGGGGGAGAGGAGGGUGCUGGGGGAGAAAGGGCGGAGGGAAGCGUGCAAGGGGGGGAGGUGGGGAAGAUGGGGGAGGUGGGGGAGGCGGGGGGAGGGGCUCCUCCGCCUAUGCCUGAGCCGGUGGUGUUCGCUGCCAGUGCUGACAAGGCGUACCGUGCUACCAUGCACGCGUUUAUCAAGUCAUACCCUUUCCUUGUAUCCGACACUAUCGACGCCCCUCAAGGCCCCCCGUACCGCUGUGUGCGCCUGCGCUUCCUCCCCCCGCCCGCCCUCAACCUCAAGGGCGCAGGGGGCCGCGCAGGGGAGCGGGGAGGUCGGGGGGAUGGGGGGCAGAGGGGAGGGGACGGGAGGGGGUGGCGGGAGGGGCGCUGGGGGGGAAAGAGAGGGGGGAGGGGCGGGAAAUGGGGGAAGCGGGGGAGGGAGGAGUGGGAGGGUGGGGAUAGGAAGAGAGGGAAGAGGGAUGGUGGUGAUGGCGAUGGGGAGGAUAGGGGGGAAGGGGGGGAUGGCGGAGAGGGGGAGGGGCAGGGGGGGGAGCAGGGGGAGGAGGAGCAGCCGGCGUUUGACAGGCGGGGGAGGAAGGGCGCUGAUGGGGUGCCUGCUACCACUGCGCGCCGCUUCCUCAUGUGCGUGCCUGGCAUAGGGGAGAACAGCAGUAUGUUCCACGUGUUGAAGGAGAACAAGGACACCAACGAGGCCAUGGCGCUCGUGGGGCGCUACCUGGGCGUACAGCCGCGGGCGCUGGGCUUCUCAGGCACCAAGGACAAGCGCGCAGUUACCGUGCAGCGGGUGACAGUGAGCAACCAGUCAGCACGCAAGGUUGCAUCACUCAACGCCAAGCUGUUUGGCAUCCGAGUGGGCGACUACCGCCUCGUGGACCAGCCUCUUGUGUUGGGACAGCUAGCAGGCAACCGCUUCAUUGUCACUCUCAGGGCCGUGAGAGCGCCCAGUGUAGACGCCAUCACAGCAGCGGCGGAGGGCCUUGGCUCUCACGGCAUCAUCAACUACUUUGGCCUGCAGGUGGGCGCUGCUGCGUGCUGCUUGUUGCUGCUGGGUGCUGUUGGUCUUCGAAAGGCAGCACCAGUGACACGACUCAAACCUCCCAUGCUCACGUUGCAUCCUCCCAUGCUCACGUUGCAUCCUCCCAUGCUCACGUUGCAUCCUCCCAUGCUCACGUUGCAUCCUCCCAUGCUCACGUUGCAUCCUCCCAUGCUCACGUUGCAUCCUCCCAUGCUCACGUUGCAUCCUCCCUGGGCCUUGGUUUGGCGUGGGGCGGGUGGCGACACACGGUACGAGCAGAGUCCAGCUCACUUCACUCCAAACUUCUCAUCCUCCCUCAUCCUGACUUCCGUGCCUCACCGCGCUCACCCUUGCCCCCCCUCUCCUGCCACCGCCCCCUGGGAGCAGCGCUUCGGAGUGGGUCCCGUGGCAACGCACACGGUGGGAGCAGCGCUGCUGAGGGGCGACUGGCAGGGCGCUGUGGACCUGCUGCUCAAGCCGCGAGAUGGAGAUAUCCUCUCAGCGCCCGUGCUCCCUCACCCUCACCCCCUCACCUCGCCUUGCCUUGCCUUGCUCGCCCAUGCUUUACCUUGA